AUGGAGAUGGCCGAGGACUGGGGCGAAGAAAGACGAGCUCAGCCCCGCAGUUCAGUCGAAAGGAUCGAGCCAAGUCGUGGAUGCACCAAGGAGUCAGUUGCAGCAGAGGCCGCUUUUCGAGAGCUCCAAGAGCUCGAACGAGAAAAAGAAGAGCAGCGGUGCCCUUCCUUGAGGUCCAUUCCGCGCUUCUUCCAGCGCAAGGCCGCACCCCUCGACGAGUCGACCUCCUUACGGCCCCGGGUGCUGCGGGAAGCACGCUCCAGGCUACUGCAGAGGAAGACCUCCAAGGAACUGCUCGACGAGGAGGAUCUUCAUACGAUCCUGGGGCUCUUGAAGGAGCAAGGAAGUGUCACUCGGGCCCCCGACCACUCAGAGGUGGAGGUCAUCGACUACAACGGCUUCUACAAAGUACGGCAGGAGCUCCUGAAACGCGGGGAGCGCUUCAAGCAGUACUUCGAGCCUUCGCACUUCCUGAAGUUCCCACGAGAUCCUGCUGGCCGCAUCGCCAUUGUGCCCUUCUUUACCUUCGUCGUACGAAGGGUGAAUUUAAGCCAGACGCGGGUACAGCUCAGCUACUACGACGCGCUCGGCUGUGGAUACCUUAGGGAGAAGGACAUGGAGAACUUCAUUUUCGAGAUGAUUCCCACCAUGCCUCAGCUCAACACUCUGCAGGAGGAGUUCUAUCCCUUCUACGUCUUCACGGCUGUCCGGAAGUUCUUCUUCUACCUGGACCCCAAGCGGACGGGGCGGGUGCGAAUCCGGGACUUGCUCUCCUCGCCGAUCCUACCAGAGUUGUACGAGCUCCGACAGGAACACCCCCUGGGGGAUGCCGAGCACAACUGGUUCAGCAUGCAGUCAGCUCUCAAGGUCUAUGACGCCUACUUGUUCCUAGACAAUGAUCAGAAUGGCAUGCUCAGCCGGAACGAGUUGGCGCGGUUCGGGAGUGGGAUGCUCACCGACGUGUUCAUUGACAGGGUCUUUGAGGAGUACCAGACCUAUCGCGACGCCGAGACGGGCGAGCGAGAGAUGGACUACAAGACCUUCUUGGACUUCGUCCUGGCAAUGGAGAACAAAGGUACUCCUCAGGCCGUCCGGUACUUCUGGAAGCUCUUGGACAUUCACCACACCGGCUGCAUUGACGGCUUUGUCAUCAACUACUUCUUUCGAGCCAUCGUGAAGGUGCUGCGCCAGAUCAAAGGUUCGGAGAUCGCCUCCGUGGACGACGUGAAGGACGAGAUCUUCGAUAUGGUCAGGUCCAAGACGACUGGCAUCAUCACGCUGGAUGAUUUGCUCCACUGCAGCCAGGGUGGCACCGUGCUGUCGAUGCUGUUUGAUGCAGCCGCCUUCUGGUUAUAUGACAACCGGGAGAGCCUGCUGAUGGAACAGGACGGAUUUCUCGUAAAGGUGCCCACAUCGAUGUCGGACGAGGUCGUCGGCCGUCAUGGCCCGGACCCACCGUUCGAUCCCGUGAUGUCCCGUGCGGCGCUGUCGUUGGAGCGGAACCGAGUCCCACCGGGGGCGCCAUCGGUGUCGAAGAUGAUGAACUCGAUUAUCCUCAUCCUCAUCGCUAGCGAAAGAUGUUUGGGUGGCUGCGGUUUUCGUUUCGAUGUGACACGGCUGCAGGCGAUCAGCCUGCCCAGCCUCUUCCCCAAUGCUCAGGGAGGCAACGUGUGGGGAGGCUUAGAGAAGCGUGCUUGGAGGACCGUGGGCUAUCCUAGUGAGACGCUUCGACGUAACGAGACAGAACAGCGGUUCGACGAUUCGACGGCGGUUCGACGCCAGAAGUCGAUCAAGCGGACACCAAGCCAACUCUUGCUGGAGAAGCAGCAGGCCGGUGUUGGGAUUUGGUGGCCAGAGUUGAUCCAAUUCUGGGAUUUGGAGUUCAGCCUGGUGCAGAGCAUGUUGGCGAAGCCCAAGUGGGGCGCCCUGGGUCGUCUGGAGCCUGUGGCCGUCGCCUGGAGCCUGAUCACCGGCUUCCAAGACCUGGCACGGUUUUCCAACCACACCACGUGCGGCGACCCGAAGACGUCCGAGUCGUCCGUGGUGCCGGUCGACCAACCGCUCUUUAGGCGGUCGACCAGUCGGUCGACGCCGGUGGAGUGGAGUCCACAGAGCUGGUUUGAGUGGUCCAUGGUGCAUGAGGUCAUCGUGGUCACAGUGGUGGUCUUCAGAAAUUCUGGGCUCCUCGGAUGUGUCCGUUCUGGUGCCCAGAAACCGAAGUUUCGCAAGGAACUCGUGACCAAUUUGACGAGCUUUGAAGAGGAGCAUUUGAGAAUUCUAUCUCGAGUCCAUGACAUGGGAAUUCUGUCGAUCGAUUUGGUUCGGAAAAAAGACAUGCCGCAGACCGUACCUGCGUACCCGGUAGCUGGUACCCAACCGGUCCCUCCGCCGGCCAGUGUCCAUCCGCCCGUCGUGGCCUUCGUGGAGUUCGAAGGGCUCCAGACCUACGAGACCAUGGUGACGUUGCGGAAUCAGGACAAUGUCGCACGGAGAGUCAAGGUUUGCCCGCCUGACAGCCCGUUCUUCGAGUGGGAGAGCUCAGUGCUGAUGGGGUUGGCGCUGUGCCACUUGAGGCUUUUGCCCGCUCGCCGGGUCGCGAAGGGCGGUACCGUCGCGUCCAGCGACGUCUCCAGGGAUAAGGCGUUGGCGUUCGGCGCGUGGAUGUCCUGCACGAUCGCUCCUGGAAUGGAAGUGUCCUACGUGGUGCGUUUCAAGCCAGAUGCGAGAAUAGACUACAGCUACGACUUGAAGGUGGUGCAGAGCUCAGAUUUGGGAAUUGCAUCCCGCAGCCUCUUGGUAGAGUGCGGUGAGGUCACUGAAAGAGAAGAGUUCAGUGUGCCGAUCCGCGCCUCGGGCGGCUCCGCCCUGCUGGACUUCCCGGACGUCGGACGCCCAGACGUCCGAGACGUCAUCGACUUCGGGGACGAGUGCAUCGUCGGCUACCAGGUGAACUGCGCGAAUUGUGAGCGGACGGUCCUGGUGCGGAACGUGGGUGACCGCGCUUCGAAGCUGCUCUGUCGGACGACAGAGCCCUUUAGCAUCGACGUGCCCGACGGGUUCCUUGAAGAAGGCGCCUCUUGUCAGGUCUCCGUGUUCUUCACGCCGUCGCGCGCAGAGCGCUAUGAAUGCGACCUACAAAUCAAGUAUGGGGAGUUAGAGGCUGUGGCCACCUUGCGGGGCCAAGCACGCAACGCCGAGGUUUCACUGUCUCACAGCUUGCUACUCAUCGAGGACACGUACGUGGGCCUGGAGUCGCAAGGCGUGGUCACCAUCCGCAACGACUCGGAUGUGCCCAUUGAUUUCAGUUGGCGGCUCUUCUCUUCGACGGUGGAGGAGGCGCAGCACAGGCUUGCUUUGCAUCGGCAGCUGAAGACGGAGGAGAUGGAUGAGCUCCUCUACAUGCAGCAAGCCAACCUCUCAGAGGAUGAGGAAAGCGAGAGCGGCUCGGAUGGCGAGCGGCGGCGCGUGCGGCGGGAGCGGAAGGUGACGAAAUUGCUGGGUCGGAAGUAUGACUCCAUUAUGAAGGCUGUGGAGGAGGACCCCAUGCUAUUUCGUGACGCGAUCUUCAAGAUCGAGCCGCUCUGUGGCCGCCUGUGGCCACAGACGCAGGUCACUUGCGCCUGCUGCUUCUUACCCAAGGAUGCGUUGGUCUAUUGUGCCACCGCCUUCCUGUCAGCGGUGGGGCAGGAGGACCGCGCGCCGCUGGUGCUGAAAGGACUGGGCAUUGGGCCGAAAGCCACCUUCUCCUAUGACGAGCUGGAUGUCGGGAAUGUCUUCGUGGAGAGUGCGCAUCGAUAUGAGGUGCAGCUCUUGAACCAGGGCGACAUCGAAUUCGACUUUCGGCUUGUGCAUCGGGAAGGCAAGUUCGCCCCGAGGUUCAAGUUCACUCCAGACCAUGGCACCAUCGCGGUGGGUGGUCAGUGUGAGAUUGUUGUGGAUUUCAAGCCAAAGGAGCUUGGACCCUUCCAUGAGGCGGUGACGCUCGCCUUCCGCGGCACCUCCGUGCGACCCAAGUUCCGCGGCCCCGAGCGAGCGCAGCACGCGGGACACCGCGGUGUGGGCCGUAAGGUCCCUGGGCCAACGGUCACAUUCGACCCUGACAGGUCGAAUCUUCGGCAGCGGCAGAAUCCUUCACCAGACACCCUCUAUACCAGCACCUUUCGCGGCCUCAUGGAAAUUGGUGAGCUUCGGGUUCCUUGCUACUAUACUCUUACAGUAAAAGGUGAUGAGGCACCUCCCAACAACGAAUUCGAGAUUAUCCCUUCGCGCGGCACUUUGCUGCCGAACUGUGCUCAGAGAAUUCAGGUGGAUUUUAUCAGUCAGACCGAGAAGAAAUACGACAUGAGGCUUUCCGUGGAUUUGGAAGGCGUGGGCAAGGAAUUGUUGUCGAUCCCCAUGUUUGCUCAAUGUGCUGUGCCUACGGUCUCCUUCGAGCCACACGGCUGCUUGAACUAUGGGGACGUCUUCAUCAGGUAUCCCUUUCAUCAAAGCCUCUACUUGCACAACACUUCUGCCCAGGCUCUAGGACUUGAUUUGAUGUGCGCUGCUAGCGCUGGCAGUCGGAAAUCAGACGGCGCUGACUGCUUCUGCCUACAGCAGAAAGGCAGCUUCUUCGAAGUUUGCCCCGAAGCGUUGGAGGUUCAAGGAUGGCUGUCACCCAGUGAGGUCGGUACGGUGCCCCCGUGUGCCUCCCACGUGAUCACCGUGACCUUGACGGCACACACGGCAGGACCACUGCGCAUCCCCAUGUACGUCAAGAUCGUAGGACGCGAAGUGCCAUUCCCUUUGGUGGUGCGCCCGCCCUUCUCUGGCUCUCCAAGCCUGACGCCCUGA